AUGGUGUUCCUGCUGCGGCUGCCAUUCCUGUAUGCGCACACGCUGGCCAAGACGAACAAGAAGUGGCUGCAGAAGCGGCACCGGAGCAGGUGGUGGAAGCGGGGUCACUUCCCCAGGGUGCCGAGGGACACGGUGGAGGACGUUGUGCUGAACGAGGUGCCCGAGUUGGUGCAGAAGAUGGCUCCGCUGGGCGUCCUGUUCUUCUGCGCCACCUUCAACCUCUGCAUCCUCCAGAACCUGAAGGAUUCACUGAUUGUCACCAGGCUGGGCGCUGAGACGCUGCCCCUCCUCACCUCCCUUGGGGUGCUGCCUUUGUCAGUUGUUUUCAUGGGAUUCUACAACAAACUGGUCUCCCGCUUCCCUUUCAAGACAGUCUUCUACUUUGCUAUUGCUCCUCUUGUUGCGGCAUACGCUAUCUUCUCCUAUGCUGUCUUCCCCAUCGCUGACUUCUUGCACCCCCAUGGCCUGUUCAACACCUUUGCUAGCGCUGUCCCCACGGGCCUCCACGGUGCUCUGAAGAUCUUGGAAAACUGGACGUUUUCUUCCUUUUUCUGUGUCGCUGAGCUCUGGGGUGCCGUGGUGAUCAGCGUCCUGUUCUGGUCCCUGGCAAACGAUGUGUGCACAGUGGAUGAGGCGAAGACAAUCUACCCGCUGAUGGGAGUUUCUGCCAACAUUGCCCUUGUCAUAGCUGGCAAUUUUAUCAAAUUUGUGAACAAGAGCUUCGCAGGUGGCUCCAUGCAGCUGUCCUUCCAUUACCUGAUCGGCACUGUGAUUGUGAUGACGGCUGCGAUGAUGGGGGCGAAGCUGUACAUUGACAAGAACAUCAAGUCACACCACAGCGAUGACGAUGAGGAAGUGCAGCAACAAGCUGCCAAACAGAAGGCAAAGAAGAAGGGCACCUUCCGUGAGGGCUUUGCGGUGAUGAAAGGCUCCCCUAAGAUCAUGAACCUUGCACUGCUGGUGAUCGGCUACAGCGUCAGCCACCGACUGUUUGACAUAGCAUGGAAGAGCCACCUCAGUGUGGUGUUCCCAGACCCCAUCCAGUACCAGACAGCACUGGCAGAUGUGUCGGUCUGGACCGGCGCCGCCACGAUCGUGACCAUGUUGACUGGCAAAUUUGUGUUCCAAUACCUUGGUUGGGGGACAGCCGCACUCGCCACACCUGUUGUGCUGCUGUUGGCAGGCGGAGUGUUCUUUGGCUCCUCGUUGCUGUCUGUGGCGGGAGGGGCAAGCCUCGCAGUGGCAAAAUUUGGAGCAAUGGCGGGAAACUUGACACAGGUUUCAUGCAAGGCGGCCAAAUAUUCACUGUUCGACCCAGCGAAGGAGAUGGUGUACAUCGAGAUGGACAAGGAUGAGAAAAGGAGAGGCAAAGCAGCCGUGGACUUGGUGGGCAGCCAAGUUGGAAAAUCGGGAGCAUCGUGGUUGUCACAGGGGCUUUUGGUUUGCUUUGGCUCUGUUGCUGCGUCCAUGCCAGCCAUUGCGACACUGUUCACGGGAACUCUCAUGAUGUGGGUGGUCGCAGUGGUGAGACUGAAGGACCGGCUUAAGGAAACUGAGGAGCAGCGCAAGGCGGCCAUGGAGCUGCAGAAAGAGAGGGAACGGGAAAGGCAGGUGGCAUCUGCAGUGCACGACCCAGAGGAAGCAGUGCACCACAGUCCCAAGGUGGUCACGUUGCCUGGCGCCACAGAAGGACCCAUUUCGAAUGGCGUUGCUGUCAACGGCAACGGAAAAACAAGGCACAUCGAACGCAGCAAACUGACUAAUGGAGCUGGUCCCAGCCUGCUUGUGAGGAAGGGCCACAAGGCAGGAGGGAAUGGGUUUGUGAGCGUGAGCGACACAGAGCUGAAUGAAGAUGCGAGUGACCCAGACUCCAAGGUGACGCCUAGGUGA